GGCUCGGCCGACAGAGGCGAUGCGGCUGCUCUGCGGGGCUCUGCUCUGGCUCCUGGGGCUCUUGUGUGACCUGGGGAACAGCAGCUUCCUCCGGAGCCAUCUCCAUGCCUCCAGCUUCCUGCAGCGCCGGCUGAGCGGCCGGGAGAAGCGGGAGAUGCAGCGGGAGAUCCUGUCCAUCCUAGGGCUGCCGGGCAGACCCCGACCCAAGGCCUCCGCCGGGGGCAAGCUGCCCUCCUCCGCGCCCCUCUUCAUGCUGGACCUCUACCACGCCAUGGCCAGGGAGGAGGAGGACGAAGAGGAAGAUCAGCUGGGCUGGGGGCGGGGGGUCUCCCGGCCGGUGCUGACCAGCUUGAGCAUCCAGACGCCUCCGUUGGGAAGAGUCAUCAGCCGGGCGGACACGGUCAUGAGCUUUGUCAACAUGGUUGAACACGACAGAGACAUCUUCUACCAGAAGCCUUACUGGAAGGAAUUUCGAUUUGACCUGACCCAGAUUCCAACUGGAGAAUCUGUAACGGCUGCCGAGUUCCGAAUUUAUAAGCUGCGAAGUUUCACGCGUGAUGUCAACAAAACUCUUCACAUCAGCAUCUAUGAGAUCAUGAAGGCGUAUUCCAACAGGGAAUCUGACUUAUUCCUGUUAGAUCUUCAGGAGCUCCAGGCUGGGGCUGAAGGCUGGUUGGUUUUUGAUGUCACAGCUGCCAGCAACCACUGGUUAGUAAACCGUAAACACAACCUGGGCCUGCGACUUUACGUGGAGACAGAUGACGGGCAGAGCAUUGAUCCGGGCUUAGCAGGACUGCUGGGUCGGCGUGGGCCACGCUCCAAGCAACCUUUCAUGGUCACUUUUUUCCGAGCAAGCCAAAAUCCGGUCCGAGUUACUCGAGCUGUCAAGCAGCUAAAGAAGAGGCAGCCCAAGAAAACGAACGACUUACCGCAUCCAAACAAGCUUCCAGGGAUUUUUGAUGACUUUCAUGUCUCUGAAGGCAGACAGGUUUGCAGGAGACAUGAACUCUAUGUCAGCUUUCAAGACCUUGGAUGGCUGGAUUGGGUGAUUGCACCACAAGGAUAUUCCGCUUUUUACUGCGAAGGAGAAUGUGCCUUUCCUCUGGAUUCCUGCAUGAAUGCAACCAAUCAUGCCAUCCUGCAGUCACUAGUCCAUCUGAUGAAGCCGGAGGCUGUUCCCAAGGCCUGUUGUGCUCCUACCAAGCUCAGCGCAACCUCUGUCCUCUAUUACGACAGCAACAACAACGUGAUCCUCAAAAAACACCGCAACAUGGUGGUGAAAUCAUGUGGCUGCCACUGAAGCCCCCGAGGCAAUGCGAUCGCUGGUUUCGUGGUGAGGAAAAAGAACUAUUUUAACAGGUCUGAAUCCCAUUUAUAGUGCCGAAGUCCGUAAGAGUCAAACGCCUAGUUGUAGACGAGACAACACUUUUAUUAUCCUACUAUACUUCAUGAGACUAGAGACGGCAAAUCGGGGUCUGCUUAAGUCACGUUGUGUUUCUGGCUAUUGGGUUUUGUUAUAGAACUGUGGCUAGCUGCCUCCUGGAUUAUUCAUUAUUACUGGAUACAGUUUAGACUGCACCGAUGACUAGGCCGAGGAAGGCAGGACUUGAGCUGCUUCUAAAUCUUUCAGUAUCUACUUACUUAUGUCCAAGUAUUAUGGUUUUAACACGCACUUGCAUUUCUCUAAAUGAAAACACGGUCAGCCAAUUAAAUAGCUGGCUAAUGAACCCUCUCUUCCCAUUUAACAUUUGAAAAUUCAUCCAACUGGGAAAAAAAAAACCUCGAGCUUAGGCCAUGGUUAUAAAAUAAACCCCUAGUUUGGAAAGUAAACACUUAAUGUUUGUUUUUAGUAAAUGUCACGACCUAGUAGCGUGGACACUAUUUCUCGGCGAAAGCCCCUAGGGUCUGCUAAAAUUGUACCCAGUAUUUGUUUUGGGGGGAGGGAAUCCUUUAUUGUGUGACAGCUUCAGGUCAAUUUGUUUUCUAUGGGCUAAGUUAUUUGAAGUGACGCCUAAAUGAGGGUGUCGGGGGCAAAAGAAGAAAGAUCUAAGGAAAGGAUCCCUUUAAUGUUGCCUUAUCCUAUGGAGACCGCAUUCUAGUUCUUAGGUCUGCGGCUGUGUCUCAGUUUCCCCAUUUGUAAAAAUGGGGAUAAUGAUGCUCCCUUUUUUUUGUAAAGUACUUUGAGAUCUACAGAUGAAAAGUGCUAUAUAGGAAUUAGGUAAUAUCAUUCCCCUUCCUGCAUAGGAACAGCUAUACUUGCAUCCUUACUAGGGGACACUCUACUGCUUAAAUCAGUAGUGUGCAAAUCGGGGGGGGAGGCAACAAACGGGGGUCCCACAGGACCCACUACCAUAAUAGCAGGAACAGGAUAAAAAUAGCUUGUGGGGCAGGUGCAGGAUUUAAAAAAAAAUAGUCCUCCUGCUCUGCAAACCAUGUGAACACCCCAGCCAGAAGUCACUGCUCUCUGGCCACCCAGCUCUGAAGGCAGUGCUGCUGUCAGCAGCAGCACAGAAGUAAGGAUGGCAAUGGAGCAUGGGGCGUGACAAAUUCUGCGCCUUCACUGCUAUUGUUACCUGUGCUAGCUUGAUUAAAGCUCCCCUCGGUAUGUCCAGCUGUGCUAUAAUCCCACCUUUCCUGGCCAGCCUCUUAGAAGGGACCAACUCCUGCCUCAGGAAUUGCAUACUGAAAGUUCCCUUCCUAGAAAUCUGCUUCUCCCAUACCUGGGAAAGCAGAGGUGUGGAGCAGGAAAAGCAAUCCUUGUUCACCAGCUCUCCUUUUUAUGCAAAUUGAAUGUGCCAAUCUUAGUUCAGAGCCUUGGGGGGAAUAUCAUGUACUGGCCUACGGUCUGUGGGUGACAGAGACAAGCUUUCAAGCUACACCGAGCUCUUCCUCAGGUCUGGGAUAGGUGCUGAGCGUGUCAAACUGCUAGUUUAGCAGUAGUUCUUCGCUUGCUGCAGCACACACCCCAGAGAUGGUGUUUUUUUAUUCACUUUCCUCAGCAGUUCAGAGAAGAAUUCUUCAGCGUAUCUGCCAAAGGGCCUAACACACACCGAGCACUCACAAUCCCCCUGACAUCUGAGUGUGAUGCCAAUUAAUUGUCCUGCUUUUUAUUGCAAGGCUCACGCUAGCUGGGAUGUUCCUUAAAGCACCAGCUCCCAGAAUCAUGGGAGGAUCUCAACUUUUAUUCAAAAGUGCCUAGAGUUAGGGGUCGGGCUGUUGGGCAGCAGCCAGGUUUGUCCAGGUGGCCCCUGCAGCAUCAAUCUUUGCACAGCCAGGGGAUGCCUUUAUGAAGUGCAUUCAGCAUUAGCCACUCCACUCACAGUGGAGAUGCUUAUGUGGCUAUUAUGUCAAUAAUAAUUUUUAUAAUCUAAACGUUUGCUACCUGAACACUCAGUGGUUUCGGCACUUUUUUUUCUCCUUGAACUUGCUAUUUCUUUCUGAGUGCUGCCAGAUCUGAAGGGAC